GGUGGACACACAGCAUUGAUAAUUGCAGCAAGUGAUGGCCAUGAGGACAUUGUUGAGUUUCUCACAGCAAAGGGGGCAUCAGUUGACUGUCAAGAUGAGGAAGGUUGGACAGCUUUGCAUCAUGCUGCAUCCAAGGGUUUCAUCAGCUCUGCCAAGGCCCUGAUUGAUGCUGGAGCCAAUGUGGACAUUCAGUCAAAGGAAGGCAGAACCCCGCUGUGGCUUGCAGGUGGGGAGGGCUGCCUGUCCAUUGCAAAGAUUUUGCUGGAAAAGGGAGCACAGGUCAACUGUGAAGACCAGGAUGGCUGGACACCAUUGAUGCACUGCACAUGGAAAAUGCAUAUUUCCAUUUUGGAUUGCAUGCUGCGGCAAUGCAAAGAUGUCGACCACAGGAACAAAGAGGGUUUCACAUGCUUACAUGCAGCAGCCCAAAGGGGUGAUGCACAAGCUACUCGCCUUCUCCUUGAACAUGGUGCUGAUGUGAAUGCCACAAGCAAGAAUGGAACUACAGCUAUAGCAAUGGCAGCAACCCAUGCACAUUUGGAGGUGGCUAGAGAGUUGCUUGACAGAGGGGCCAAUUUGGAGCUUACACUGCAAGAUGGAUGGUCGCCUUUGAUGUUGGCAUGCCAAGGUGGGCAUAUGGAGAUUAUGGGUGCAUUUCUGGAAGCUGGUGCAGAUGUUAAUCAUCAAGCUGAGACAGGUUGGACUGCGCUUCACAAGUCAGCAUGGGAUGGUCGUGUGAGACUUGUUGAGCGCCUGGUGGACGCUGGUGCCAAAAUCAAUGCACAGGAACAGGAUGAGGACACACCGCUAUUGAUGGCAGCAUCUCAGGGUCACCUAGAUGUUGUGAGGUAUCUUUCUGAAAAAGGAGCUGACACAAACACACCAAGGAAGGAUGGAUGGUCGCCACUCAUGAUUGCAUGCCAGAAUGACCAUCUGUCCAUAGUUGAGUUCCUGCUGGAGGCAGGUGUGGAUGUGAACCACAAGAGUAAGAGUGGUUGGUCAGCUCUGCAUAAGGCUUCAUGGGAUGGGCGGUUACGAUAUGUGAGAUGCUUUGUGGAAGCUGGAAGCCUGGUAGAUAGCGAAACUGAGGAUGGCAGCACGCCAUUGACUUUAUCAGCAGAGAAAGGUUGGCUUGAAAUUGUCGAAUAUCUGGUUCACAAUGGUGCGGAUGUCAACCACAAAAGGAAGGGUGGAUGGACAGCGUUGCAGUAUGCAUCAAAUGAAAGUCAUGAAGGCAUUGCCACAUUUCUGAUUGAAUCCGGGGCAGAAGUGGAUCAUCAGAAUGAUGAUGGCUGGUCUGCACUGCUCAUGGCAUCAUCAGCAGACGCAUGGGGCAUUGUGAAUUGCCUAUUAGAGAACAUGGCGGAUGUCAGCCAUGCGAACAAUGGAGGGUGGACUCCACUGAUGUCCGUCAGUGACAAGGGCAAGCUAUCUGUUGUGCAGACCUAUCUGGAGAGGGGAGCACCUGUGAAUGCUGUUGACAAGGAGGGAUUUGCUGCUCUGCACUUUGCAGCCUUGCGAGGCUAUUCGGAGGUGGCACAACUGCUCAUUGAGCACAAUGCAACUGCUGACUUGGGAACCAGGGUCGGCUACACUCCAUUGCAGUGCGCGGGUCAGAGGGGCGACGCCAACCUCGUGCAGUUUCUUGUUGACCAUGGUGCAGCAGUUAACCAUGUGUCUGAUAAAAAUGAGACCGCGCUGCAUUUCGCCGCUGAGUGUGGCCGCCUGGAGGUGGUCAUCUUGCUUCUGCAACUCGGCGCAACUGUGGAUCCAGUGUGUGAGCAAGGCUUCACACCGCUGUCAGAAGCAUGUUGGACUGGCCACCAGUCCGUGACAGAGAAAUUGCUGGAGCAUGGUGCAUCCCUCAACCCCAGCGGCAUGAUGGGUGGUUUGAGCCUUCUGCAGCUUGCCACGGACGGAGGCCGCAGCGAGAUCGUCCAGUGGUUGCUUGAAAAGGGGGCGGCGCUGGAUGCGACAGACGAUAAUUCAGAGACAGCAAUGCAUUUUGCUGCAUGGAGCGGGGACCUAAGCAUUGCAGAUAUCCUUUCUGGCAAAGGAGCUUCUUUGGAUACGCAGAACAAGGUUGGAGACACCCCAUUGAUCUUGGCUGCCAGAGAAGGACACAAAGAGAUGGUGGAGUUCCUUCUACAAAGGGGUGUGGAUGUUGGUCAUCAAAACAAGACUCGCCACAAUGCGCUCUCCGCCGCACAUGAGCUGGGGCACCAGGAUGUCGUGGACGUGUUGCUGAAGCAUGGUGCCGCGCGACCUGCCGACGAGGAUGCCCGCGAGCUGGCGCCAGGUCCGAUCCCCUGCCCCCCUGAUGGUGCGUGGUCUGGCUCCUGGAAGGGAACCUCCAACCGAGAGGAAGACAAGGAGUUCAGGAUGUGGAACAGGCUCGUCUUCAAGAACGGGGAAAUCAACGGAUUUGGCCACGACGACGAAGUUGGCGACUACGGGGUGAGGGGCACCUUCGACGCCGAGGCGCAGACGUGCAAGUUUAAGAAGGUGUAUCUGGAGCCCAACAUCGACGAGCAUCACGAGAUGGAGGGAGGGUUUGAGCUGGUGACCAAGGGCUUUUGCAUUGCGUGCGUUGUGGUGCAGGGAACUGGGAAGAGGAACGGCAAGGCGGUGACGUUUCGGAUGCGGUCUGAAAUGAAGGUGAUGGAGUUCGUGGACGACAACGGACAGUAG